UAAACUGAGAAAAAUUGCAAAGUGGAGAAACAAGUAACGUAUUAGUCCAUAAAGACUCCCACACUCAAAUUAGAUUUUCUAUAAACAUAAUUAAAUAAGCUCCUUCUUUAUUUACACCUUAGCAUCCGUGCCUAAUCACAAAGUCUAAAACCAUUUUUUUAACAUGACUCCAUUCCUCUCCCUCUGAUCAACCUUUCCUCCUCCACCGCCGCUACAAGCCUACAACCGCAUAUAGCCACCGUGACCACAACUUUAAUAUAGCCACCGUCUUACCAUAAUCCAUUUAAGAUCUUUCCGUUCAUUUAUAUACAUAAAAAGGUUAUAUAUACCAAAAUUUAUCCUUCUUUAAUUUAUACCAAAAGUUGUCCUUCUUCAUAGACAUUUUUUUCUCUUUUGAACCGUAAGGAAAUGUGUCUUCCAUUUAGACCCGUCUCGAAAACCUAUUCUUCCUCUUCUUCUUCUUCGACUAUCGCGACGCGUAUGAUAAAUUGCAUACUGCUUUUUGUAUUCAUUUUCUUGGUCUACCUCCUCAUCUCGGCCUCAAGGCUUCAAUCUAAAGACUCUAUUCAUGCCUACUUCUCAUCUUCUGAUCAAGAUCAAUCUCAGAUCCCAACAAAAAUCGAGCACGUCGUAUUUGGGAUAGGCUCAAGCACGAACUCGUGGGGUGCACGUAGAGAAUACGUUAAGCUUUGGUGGGAUGCUCAGAAAAUGAGAGGCUGCGUCUUUGUUGAGCGUCCCUUUCCGUCUUCGGAAAACCACACAGAUUCAAAUCUCCUUCCUCCGGUUUGUGUUUCCCAAGAUACUUCCCGGUUCAGGUACACUUGGAGAGACGGUGACAGAAACGCGAUCCGAAUAGCCCGGUGCGUUCUAGAAACCGUCAGACUAUUCAAUACCUCCUCAAAAGAAGUAAGGUGGUACGUAUUUGGAGACGACGACACGAUUUUUAUACCUGAAAAUCUCGCUCGAACUCUCUCCAAAUACGACCACACAUCAUGGUAUUACAUAGGAUCAACCUCAGAGAUUUAUCACCAGAAUUCAAUGUUUGGACACAACAUGGCGUUUGGCGGUGGAGGGUUCGCUUUAAGCAGCUCAUUGGCUAAUGUUUUAGCUAGAAAUUUCGAUUCUUGUAUCGAACGGUAUCCACAUUUGUACGGAGGAGACUCUAGGGUUCAUGUUUGUGUGCUUGAGCUUGGAGUUGGAUUGUCUAAAGAACCUGGCUUCCAUCAGCAGUUUGAUGUGAGAGGAAAUGCAUUAGGAAUAUUGACAUCACAUUCAAUGAGACCGUUGGUGUCACUACACCACCUGGCUCACAUUGACCCAAUCUUUCCAAACUCAACCACUUUCUCCGCCGUCCGCCACCUCUUCUCAGCCGUAGAACUUGACCCUCUCCGUAUAUUUCAGCUCUCCAUUUGCUACGACCGUUGGUACUCUUGGACCAUCUCCGUCUCUUGGGGAUAUACUGUUCAGAUUGAUAGUAGGCAUUUGUUUCUACCGGAUGUUUUGCGGACACAAGAGACGUUUCGACCGUGGCAAGAUUCCGGCGGAUUGGCAAGUGUUUACAUGUUCAACACAAGAGAGAUUCAUCCUGAUCCUUGCCAACGACCUGUCACUUUCUACAUGCAACAUGUAUCUUAUAGUAGCCAUAAUGGAACCAUUAAAAGUGUUUAUAAGCAGGCUUAUGAGAAUUGUACAUACGAUCCCAUUACAUCGCCUCGCAAAAUCAAAGAGAUUAGAGUGUUUUCAAGAAGACUCGAUCCCAACAUCAAACAAUUGAAAGCUCCCAGAAGACAGUGUUGUGAUAUUUUACCAACUUCUUCCACUGGUGGCAACAUAAUGGAAAUUGGACUGCGAGAGUGCAAAGAGGAUGAGUUUAUCUAUAUACAUCCCUAAUUUCACCAUAAUUAUUUAUAUAUUGCCAUCCAUUUUUGAACCUAAUUAUAGUUUUUUUUUUGUUAUGUAUAUUUAAUUAACAUUAAGUUGUUAAUUGGCUGGUUGCCUUUCAAUU